AUGUUGGACCACGAUCUGGAUAUCGAGCACUCAGCCCAUUCCGACCAGUUUUCUCCUGAUCACAAGCCCAUACUUGAGCCUCAGCUCAACGUUGGUGGCCAUGGCGCUACCCAGCGUCGUUUACAGAAUUAUCAUGUCACCAUGAUAGGCUUCUGUUCUGGAAUCGGAACAGGUCUCUUUAUUGGAACCGGAUCUGCGUAUGCAAACGCCGGCCCAGCAGGCCUCUUGCUUGCAUACAUCAUCGUUGGAAGUGUCUUGUGGUGUGUUAUGCAGAGCGUUGCUGAACUGGCUACUGUGAUACCCACAGCUGGCUCAUUCCCUCACUUUGCUAGCCGUUUCAUCGACCCAGCUGUCGGUUUCUCCUUGGCCAUCAGUUACGGAUAUUGUUAUACUAUCUCAAUCGCAGCCGAGUGCUCAGCAUCAGCCAUUCUUGUAGGAUACUGGACCGAUCUGACCCCCGCCGUCGUUAUCACCAUAAGUCUGGUCUUGAUUCUCGGCAUUAACCUAUUAAGCGUCCGUUGGUUCGGUGAAUCUGAGGUUGUGGCAGGAGCUAUCAAAGUAGCUUGCUUCCUCGGCCUUGUCGUUGCCUCCAUCGUCAUCACAUCUGGCGGCGCGCCAAAUGGUGAGACCAUCGGCUUCCGGUACUGGCACUCCCCUGGAGCUUGGGUCGAUUACAACGGCAUUACAGGACCCACAGGUCACUUCUUAGGAUUCCUGGCUGCGUUUGUCAACGCCUCGUUCUCGUUCAUCGGUGUCGAAGUUGUAGUGAUUACAGCUGCCGAGAGCAUCAACCCUCACAAAGCCAUCCCCCGGUCAGCGACCAACGUCACAUACCGCAUUGCACUCUUCUACGUUCUGGGUGCCCUGCUCAUCGGAAUCAUUGUGGAUCCCACAAACCCCGGUCUUGUCUCGGGCAGUGGAAACGCAAACUCUUCGCCCUGGGUCAUCGCCAUCAAGCAAGCUGGCAUUACCGCUCUUCCCUCGAUCGUAAACGCAUGUAUUCUCAUCUCCGCCUGGUCUGCGGGCAAUUCGUAUUGCUGGGUCGGGUCUCGUAUCAUCCUAGCUAUGACUACAGAUCACCAGCUGCCUCAGUUCUUUGGUCGUACCUGGAAGAACGGUGUACCUUACGUGGCAGUCUUCGCUGCCUGGAUUUUCGGACCCCUCGCAUAUCUGAGUCUGGGCACGGGUGGUGCAGCGCAGGCUUUCAGUUGGCUGAUGAGUCUGAGUACCGUUGCUGGACUGAUCGCCUGGGCAACGCUUUGUUUUUGUUACAUCCGUUUCCACGCUGCGAUGAAGGCGCAGAACCUCAGCCGGGACAGUUUGCCUUGGAAGAGCCCGUUCCAACCAUUCACCGCUUGGUAUGGAUUCAUUGGUGCUACGAUUAUUACACUCAUCACGGGCUUCCCCGUCUUCCUCAAAGGCAAUUGGAGCACAGCUGAUUUCAUCGCGUCUUAUGUCGGCAUACCCAUCUUCAUCGUUCCUAUCAUCAUCUGGAAACUAGUAUACAAGACAAAGUUCGCUCGUGCCCAGACCAUAGAUCUGUGGUCCGGACGUCUGCACAGAGCAUAG